AGAACCUUUACCAAAAAAUGUCAAUGUCCCGGAGAACGUCGGAGGUUUCACGCGGGCGUCGCAGGAGCAUGAACAUCUUCUCUCACUCACAGCAACAGAACCACGCUCGUUACCUUGACGGUCUGAAGCAGGAGUUCAAGAAAGCAUACGCUAAUCCCCCCGUUUGUACAAAGAAAAUUGACGAUUUUGAUUUCAUACAAAAUUUAGGGACCGGUUCAUAUGGAACCGUUGUGCUUGUACGCGACAAGACCACGUUUCUGUAUCAUGCCAUGAAGUCCAUCGAAAAAGAAGCCGCGGUCAAAACGAAAGCCCUCAAACAGUUGGCUCAAGAAAAGAAAAUUUUACAAAGUUGCAAUUUCAUGUUCGUGUUAACCUUAGACUUUUGUUGCAAGGAUAAUGUUUAUGUGUAUCUAUUAGUGCCGUACGCCGAAGGUGGCGAAUUGUUCACGUUAUUAAAAAAAUUAGGGGUGUUAUCGGAGCCUCUAGCUCAAUUCUACAGUGCGCAAAUAGUACUGGCCCUGGAGUACUUGCACCACUGCGACGUGAUACACCGCGAUGUCAAACCGGAGAACAUUCUUAUCACGAAGAAAGGAUAUCUGAAGUUGGGAGAUUUCGGUUUUUGUAAAAUAUUAAAGAACAGAGCUUGGACUUUAUGUGGAACUCCGGAGUAUUUAGCACCAGAAAUUAUAAAAUCUAAGGGGUAUUCGUACUCGGUCGAUUGGUGGGCAUUUGGAGUUCUUGUGUUCGAGUUGAACGUCGGAUACCCGCCAUUUUACAGUACAGAUACAAUGGCGCUUUACGAGAAGAUUCUAUCUGGAUCAUUCAAGACUCCGCCGACGAUGACUCCUAAUUGUAAAUUGCUGGUGAAGCAGUUGCUGGAAGUGGACCCGAGUAAGCGGAUUGGGUUCCUGAAGGCGGGGGUGUACGAUAUAAAGAGCCACGAGUGGUUCCAGGGGCUGGAGUGGAACAUGCUGCUGAGCCAGCAGAUUAAGCCGCCCUUCAUCCCGGUCCUCAACGAAGUCCUGGACCGGUCUGACAGCAUCAUGGGCACCAAGCUAAAACAUUCUCCUGUUAACCUUUUCGAAGAAGAAUUUGAAGAUUUCUAGCAUUGUGAACUUCGUAAAAUAACAUUUCUUCGGCCGCUUCAUUACAAAGUAGUACAUUAUAAACUGAAAUCCAUACUAUACACUAAAGAAAAAGCGAUCAAGCCCGCUGGUAGCGAAGCCGAGGGUUGAACCCGGGUUUCCAGCUAUCAAGGCUGAUGUGUUGGACCGCUACAAAAAAUAUUUAAUAAAAUUAUUUGAUUUGUUCCAUUUUAUAAUGCCUACUGUGUAGGUAUUCAAAUAUAUGGAAUAAAUACCUGUGUAAAGUAACGGCGCACUUUAGGGAUUUAAGGUUGUAGCAACUACUAUAUAACUCUUUUAUACUAAGUUAUUAAAUGACGCAGUUAUAAUAAUAAUUGUUUUACAAUUUAUACAUUCAUGAUUUUGAAAAUUAUCACUGAUUAAGUAAUUAAUUGAUUAAUGAGAUCACAUUUCAAUAUGAAAUAUUUAAAACCAAAAACUAAACAUCCAAUUAUAAGUCUAUGGAUAAUAGCUAUGUCUUGUUUGACUAUUAUAAAAAUCUAUUUUUUUUACGUAAAGUGUUUUAAUGCCAUGGUGAAAUAACUUUAUGACGGAACUCUAAAACCAUCCACAAAUUAAUAAUUUGAUACAUUUUU